AUGGUAAAAAGGUAAAAAUAGGCUUUAUUUUUUACAAAGUGCUAUUUAGUACGUUCGUACUAAUAAGUAUUAUUGAUUGAAACGAUACUGCACUAAAAGCUAGGUUAAAGAUAGCUCUUUUAAUAAUUUUUUAAUUUUAAAAACUUUUUUAAACAUGCGUUACUCUAAUAUCAUCUUAUUUCAGCCCGUUCCGAGGACUGCGGCGAGCAUCGUCAGGCUCAUCCAACUCAUUAAACGUCGCGUCCUACCCCUACCCUCGCACCCACACCACUCUCGUCGUGCCGGGCUCGGUCGUUCUUCAGCGUGAUCGACCCUCCUUAGACUCUCCAACCUCGCCCUCAGGCACUGCCACUCCACGCCCAUUCCAUCGGCCACCCCUGAACCGGGCUAUACCACCAAUCCCGGAAAGCCGUUCCAACGAGUCCAUUAUCUCACAGGCUAGCCAACUUCACAGGCAUAGUAUCUCGGACAGUUCUGUGGGUUGUUCUAGCAGGGAACAGGCUCAAGGCGUACCUACAACAUUGGCUAGUGCGGUUUCGGUGAUUGAUAACUCGGUGGUGAUCGAAAAUAAAAUGGCACAGAAUCUGGGUGCUAAACAUGCUACUAACUAUUCAAGUAGGUUUGGCAGUUUAGAUUUGUAUUUUUUAAUUCUUGUCGUUUUUUAACGAAUAUUUACACGUAAAAAAGCGACAAGACUUUUUUAGACCCUAUAGAAUUUUUCUUAUUAUAGCCUUAUCUCUUAAAACCUCAAAACUAUCGAAAUUUAGGUCAAGGAGGUCUCACCCAAUCUCAAUCAACCACCCGUAUGGCCCCACCAACCCCCGUUACUAUAGCCCAACCCACCACCAGCUUUAUUGCUCGGUCUACCUCAAUCACCGUGAAAUCAUCUAAACCCACAUCAUUGGCCAAGUCGAUGUCGGUGGAAUCAAAACCGUCUUUCGAACAGAACGCUCAACUCCAUAACAGUAUAUCAACCCCAAUCAUUUCGAAAAAAGUCACAGCUGUGAUUGUUACUUCAAAGACCGCCUCGAGCCCAAUUGAUCCGCCGGCUUCGUCCGCGUACUCUGGAGCUCCACCGAAAAGUACGAGGGUGGUGGCUAAAAAAAAGUGAGUUUGUAAGAUGUAAAAAUAAAAAAUUAGCUGUUUUAUCAAAAAAAUUGAAAAAAGAAAUUAUCGACCGGUCGAUUUUUUAAUUUAAAAAAGUUAUUUUUGAACAAAAAAUCAAUUUAAAAAUACCUUUAAAAACCGAAAAACAAAAUUUUCAAAAAAUUUGUCGACAAGUCGAAAAAAAAUCAAUAGUUUCAAAAACUUUUUGAAAGCCAAAAGCAACAUUUCCCAAGGUCGGAAACACAUUUCUAUGACCAAAGAAUAGCCCAAAAACCUUUGCCAAACUUGAAAUUAGCCAAAGACAAGAGAAUAAUCAACUUUUUGCAGACAAACCCGGCUAUGUCAGCAGGAACCGCCCAAAAGCCCGCUUUUGUCCAUGGCACACAACGUUCGAAGCCGUCUGAACAAGUUGGGGAAUCGGCUGGGGCGAGGCUCGUCGAGAUCACCCAUCAGAUCAAGUUAUAGCAUGGUUAGGUGAGUGUUUAUUGAUGUUUUAUUAGUUUGUUCAAAUAAUUCUGUGCUCAAAAACGAUUAUAGUCAUUUUAAUCAAAACUUGUUACCUAAUUUCCAUUUUCAGCAUGCGUCGCGACAAAUCCGACCUAAACCAAGAGCAGUCUGUGAACGAACGUCUGGCCAAGUCCUCAUCCAUGAAUUGUCCCAACCGGCCAGAUUUUAUCCCGCCUCCUCCGCCGACCUCUUCGCCGCCAGCUGAUGAUGAACUAGAGCCAGAGGAUGUGAAGAUAGUCAGUCCUGUUUAUGUAUCAAAUGUUCAGUCUAAUAUACCGCGAAGAUUACCUACUACGACAUUGAUACAGUCACCAAUAGGAGGACGAUAUUAUCGGAGGUUGGAUGUUGAGGAUCUGCCUUCGGAAGAAGGUCCAAUUCCAGCCAUUGAUUCUACGGAAGUUAUCAAGACUCCUGACGAAAAUGUGCCUCCGGCUAUUUUGUUAAGGAAGGAGGAUGAACUUCAGGUAAGCCUUGGCAUUUUUGAAUUUUUUUUUACUAAAAAUGGUUUUUUAAUAAUUUUAGGUAACAAAAAUUCUUUUUUCAGUUAAAAAGCUAAUUUUUUGAAAUUAUAAGUAACAAAACUCAUUUUUAUACCUAAAACAUCAUUAUUUUUAAUUUGAGGUAACAAAGUUCAUUCAUUUGUAAUGUUAGGUAAUAAAAUCUUUUUUUUUAAUUUAGGUAACUAAAACCAAUUUUUUCCCAAACUUAAUUGACUUUAGUGAUUUCAGGAGCUUCCUCUACCAAAUGCGCCUCAGGUCACGUUCAAAGAACUGCCCAAAACCGAAUACAAUUCCAAUUCAUUACCUCGAAAAACGAAAGCCACAGCUCAUGUGAUAGUCCGCCAGCCUAGUGAACCAGCUUAUCAAACUCAUAAGAGGUCCAAGUCGAAGGAUUCGUUUAUGAUGCCAAAGAAGAAGGAAAAGCCGGAGAAAGGGGCCGAAAGUGUCAAGACUACACGAAGUCUGAAGAUCACGUAUCGUGGAGAUGACUUCACUCCGGUUAUGAAGAGGGCCAAUCAUAAGAAGAGUAACUCUGGUGAGUUGGGGGAAUGAAUUAAAGUUUUGAGGCACUUUUCAUUGAGUUUGUUAUAGUUAUCGUCUUUUUUGUUAUCCACCUUAUUAAUUUUUAUACUGUUGUAUAUUAAAAUAAGCAAAAAUCUUUAUUUUGUUACCUAAAAAUUACAAAAAUUUUAAUUUUUCUUUUUUUGUACAUUAUUAUCAUUUUUUCACUUUAAAAAAUUUAAAACCCAGCUAAAAUCAAUUCAUUUAAUGUUGUAAAUCGCCGGAUAUCACGUAUUUUACACAAUAUAUGCACCAACCUAAACUAACCACUUUUAUUCUAGCUGGACUCAAAGUUUUGGGCCAGGCCAGAAAACUUGUGUCUCUAGCCGUUCUUAAGUUUAACUGUAAGCCUAAACCACUUUUUUCGUUGCACUUUUUGACUAUUAUUUGAAAUUUAAGAAUUUUUUUUAAUUUUAUUGAUCGCACUAUGCAGUCAAUAGUUUUCAAAGCUUUGGCAUUUAGAAAUUGAGUUGUCGUAUUUUAGUUGAAAUUUCCAAGUUGAUCCACUCAAGUGAUCCAAAGCCAAGUACUUCGAGGAUUCAGCCAAGUGCUACUGCUGGUAGAAUUGAUGAAAUGAAGCUUCAUAAACGGUCGUUUAUUCCAAAAAGGUAAGCCAUGUUUGAAAAAAUUUUAUAAUUGAGUUACAAUUGGUAUUUAAAUUUUUAUAAAGUUUGGGUGUACGGCUAGGCAAUGUUUUAUUUUUUUAUUUUAAACUAACUUUUGAUUAAAAUUAUCUAUUUUUCAAUUUUUAUUGUUAUUUUGUAGUCAUUUUUUGAUUACCUUUAACUUUUUUGAACGUUUUCCAAUUUUUAAACGUUUGAACUGCCUAAAACAUCAUUUUUCAAUACUGACAGUCAUAUAAUCGUCAAAAUUUCCAGUACGAUCCGUUGGGGCCACUCGAAGGGCCGAAAAGCGCCGCUGGCACAAUGGGAGUCGUCGAGAGUUAAGGACUCUCCAGCCACUGAACUAGCCCCAAGCUCAUUCGGGUCCAAGCUUAAAAGUCCGAGCAAAGUGAGACGAAUCGCUUUUUGGAAAUUCCGAACGAAAAGCGAGGAAGCCGCUUCUGAAGCUGAGAAGGAUACUGAUACUGGAGAGCACGGUCAAACAGUGCUUUCUGAGCACGGUAAAACUGUAUCUUCUGAGUACGGUCAAACUGUAGCUUCCCAACACGCUCAAACUGGAGCUUCUGUGAAAUCAAACCACGGUAGACACGCUUCAGAUGUAGGCCAAGCUCCAAAGACUCCAAAAGUUGCCAGAAUCUAUACGACGGUCAGAAAGUCUUCUACAGAACCAGAAGCCGUUUGUACGUUGGAAAAGACUUCAGAAGCUCAAGCGCUACCAUGGGCAGCUUCAUUAGAGCCUGAAGAAGAAGAUAGAAGGAAACCGAUUGAAACAGAGACAGUUAGGACAGUCACUACAGCUAGGAUUAUUACGAGGCAGAUUAAUAGUGAUGAAGAUGAAAACGGCAAUGUUACUGGGGGUCAGGAGCGAGGUAAGAAAAAGUUUUGUUUGAAUGGGGGGGGGGGGGAGUAAAAAGAAAUAGUAUUUUGGGGGUAGAUAUAAUUUGUUUUGGGUGUGGGUUUUUGGCUGGGGAAUUUAAAGAGGGGUAGCAAAAAAAAUUUUUUUUUGGGGUGGACGUCAAAUUAUUUUUUUAAUUAAGAAUGUCACUACUUUUAAUUAAAAAGGCUUGAAAUGUCAUCAAUUAAUUAUGAAUAUUAUUUAUGAAGCCAGUACUUCUUAUGUACUAAAGACUAUAAAACAUCAUGUAGUAUCUACCUUUUGCUAGUUCUGUCUGUAAAGAUCAAUCUAUACAAAUAUAAACCUUACUAGGCUUUUAUGUUUAUCUACUGCAAUAUCAUCUAUAGCUUAUCUACAAAUUCUGUCAUUUACUACUUAUCUUAUAUUUAUCUACUGCAAUAUCAUCUGUAGCCCAUCUACAGCCUCUGCCAUAUACUACUCAUCUCAUGUCUAUCAACUCCAAUAUCCUCUAUGUAUAGCCCAUUUACAGCACCAGUCAUCUAGAUCUUCAGUCACCAAUAUCUCCUUACCCCAUCAAUCAUGCGCAUGACAUUUCGCUUCAUCUGCCUCGAGAUCAUUUGCUUGUUUUGGUUCGGCCCAAUUCUCUUGGCCUUACUUUAAGAGGCCAAAUUACCGCGAGCCGCCGAAAUUAAAUUCUUUUUCGGAAGAGUGCGUAAAAUCUGUCACUACGACAUUCCCAACUUCUUUUGGCCUGCUUUAAGGGCCGGGGAGUGGCAUACUUUAAGGGCUGGGGAGUGGCCAUAUGGCGAAAAAUUUUGGAUGAUUUAAGAUGUUCAGGAAAUUUUUAUGGAGAAUUUUAAAAUUUAUCUGUUUUGAUCUUGUAGUAGAGCUUUCAGAGCAUUUAUCUGAUUUAAUUUUGUAGUAGAGCUACUUGUAAAAAUUUUUAAAAAUUUCAAAUUUGCACUUUUAAAUAAACGGCCUAAAACGUGAUUUUUAAGUCAUUCAACCCCCAAUUUUUAGUUUUUAAGCCAAUUUAAACAAUGUUUAAGUCUAUAAACAAAAUGCCUAAGCUAGUCAAAUUGAAAAGACCAAAUUUAGGAGCAAAAAAUGUGUUUUAACUUUUCUUUUUUGCCAAAAUUCAUUUAAGAAAGGCCGAGCUCCCCAUGGAAAACUUACUCCGGCGUUUAUUUUACUCGUCUUCAAACUUUCAAGCCGGCUUUGUUGUAUUUUAGGCUUGGGAUGGGAAUUUCAGUAUACUAGGAUAUUUUUUACUUUUUUUUCAUUUUGGAAUUCGAAAAAUUUAGUUUUUUUUUAAUUUCUGUUCAUAGAGAAAGCUAGAUCUUGAACCUUUUUGAGCUAAAAUCAAGUACUGAUAACAUAAUCUCUAAAUCUUUCAGACCGCAGCCGUCUGGCACUAAGCGAGCUCUUGGCUAGUCCACUGACAGUCCGAAGACCUCAAGAGAAACAGUUCAGGAGAGCAUUACAAGCCAAACAGAAGAGUGGGCUCAUCGACGACGAAAUUGAGUAGGUUUUUGACUGUUUUAUGCCAUAUUUUGUAAUCAGUUAUUCAAAUUUGGUCAAAAUUGACUUUUAUAUAAACUUGUGGGCCUGAUACUUUAACGUGGGUUUUAAAAUUUUUGUACAAAAUUCAAAAUGAUUAGAUGUCUCUGACCCACUAUAACUAUAGAAGUACAAAAAUCAGUUUAAUCGUUCAGCUAGCUAAUUAAUCGACCACCCGGCUAAAAAUCACUUUAUGUUAUGAAAUCAGCUAAAAAUCGAUUUUCAGUGACCAGCCUAUGCUCAUAAGUACGGAGCUCUCACUGAUCGACGAACAUAGUGAAGGUACACCAUUAAGUCAGAGUGCAUUUCCGGAGUGGCCGAAAGAUCAGAAUCGUAACGUCACGACAACAAUCAUCAGUAGCGAGCCCAUCAUGACGUUGGAAAAAGAUCGUGAUGGCAAUUUUGUUCAGGCAAUGUAAGAUUAUUGAAGUUGGUGCUAAAUUGCACGUCAAAUUAGAAAAGUCGUGCUAAAGUGGGGUACUAAACAGCACGUAUUACUGAUAAGCUUUUCUUUUAUUGUAAGCCAUAUUAGGUCAGGUUUGUAGGUCUAGACUUAAACGAAAAAAGGACAGGUUUUCUAGGUCAUAUUAAGUUAGAUUUGACUAUAGGAAGCUAAAUAGGUAACAACUUGUUAGAAAUUUUCAAUUUUUUACAGUUUUAUUGUUCCCAUAUCAACAAAAUAGAAUAGCGGUCUAAAAUAAUUAGCUAAACUUAACUUCAAAGCCACGACAAUUAUUUCUAAAGCCAUGAAAAUUCUCCUUAAAGCCAUAACAAACCAUUGUAAUAGACCAGAACCCCUCACCAGCUCAUAAAACAUGAAAAAGUAGAUCAUGGAUUCGCUCAGCUUUUAGCUGUUUCGAAAAGACCAUGGUUUGGGAGUAAACAAUUGCGCGGAAGGAAGUGAAACAUACUAAAACUUUUUUUAUACUUGAUUUUAUUCCCCACUCGAUUGAAACGACAUUUUUACGCUAAAAAAGGGGGAUAGCGAGUGGAAUAUUGGCUAGAACCAAGUGGAAUAUUAGCUAGAGUCGCUGGGAUUCGGGCUGAAAUUGGCUUGAGAUCAAGGUUGUUUGAAUACAAGCUUGAUGAUCUAACUUUAUUCGACCAUAACUUCGGAUGAACCAACUUUAUUUGAAUAUAUCCUUGGAUGGACUAACUUUAUUUAACUAUAACUUUAGAUGGACUAAAUUGAUUUAGCUAAAACUCAUGUUAUAGCUAGAAAAAUAGCUGGAGAAUCUAUCUAAUAUAUUCAUAUUAGCCUAAAGAUUGUUGUCUUUACCUAAAAAAUUAAAAAAGCGGCCCCUAAAGAUGGCUGGCUGCUUCUUUUUAAGCUAUCUAAUCAAAAUUUUAAGGUAUUUCUUUGAAUUUUAGGUAUUUUUUGGCUUAUUAAGAUAAUUUUUAAUCUUUUUUUCGAUUAAAAUAACUUAGAAUAAGUAGAAUAAACUAAGUUAAUAAGUAGCAUAAUUUACGUUGACAUAACUUGAUUACUUUGCCUUUUUAGAACUAGAUCAGAGCAAUCUCCGCCGAUGCGAAGCGAUCUUACAGCUCAAUACAAGCCUCCAAACACGACUGAACUUCACCAUAAGGAUCAUGAUCAUGCUGCCAUAGAGAAAGUGAUUGAAGGUCUUUCACAACAACUCACUAAAAUACGGGAAUAUGCCAUUGAGGUAUGUUUGUUGCAUUAAAUGGCUAUAUAAUCAUCUAUUACGUCUUUUCUUCAAUUAUUUAAAUUUGAAGAGAUUUUUGAAACGACGGAAACCUGUAUCGUAUUUUACAUUAAUAUUAACCUUAUGAACUUUUAGGACGAAGACGAAAUGCAAAAACUUCGAACCGAAAACAAUUCCUUAAAGGAAGAGUUGGAAAUCAAGGAUCGGGUAAUCAACUUGUUGAUGAACAAACUCAACGUGCCUGCCGAACACUUGGUCUCACGCUCGUAA